GCUGCUAGCGUGGGAUUAGUCGAAAGGGUCAACCAGCUCAUUGAACGAGGCCUUGUGCGUAACUGUGUUACUCAAGACGACUGGGAAGAGCAUUUACCUGAGGUGAUUUGGGCAAUCAACACAAGAGGAAUCCGGGUUCAUGAAUACUCCCCCGCCCAAAUUAUAUAUGGCUACAAUGCUGCCCGACCGGUAUUUCCGUACCGAACCACCAGGGAAGCUGCUGUGAUCAUGAUUGGACACCCUGAGAAGGAUACGCCAGCUGCUUUAUGGAAUUAUUCGGUCCGACUGGCUCAAAUGGACGAACUGUGCCAGCAUUCAUUGGAGGAGCUAAUUGCUUACCAAGUGCGCCGGGAAGAACUGGAGUUGUUGAAGAGAAGGUCUAGGCCUCCUCAAGUAGGGGAUCUGGUCCUUCGUCGUCGAACAGAUCUCGAUAAACAGCGCGGUCGGAAGCUGGAACCUCGAUGGACGGGACCACUCCAUGUUGUAAAGGUAGCUCAUCAUGGGAGGUCCUGUUGGCUACAUGAGAUCGGAACCGCUAAGGGAACACUACGAGGAAGAUUCCAGAUGAAUCACCUGAAGGUCUACUGUCCUCGGGAAGGGAGCCGAUUCGCUACCGCUGGAUAUUAUGUCGAAACUUGCGAUUCUACCAUGUUCAGGCCUGCCAACAAGCAAGGAUUCUUAGCAAAUUAGACCAGACUAUGCCUCACCGAGACCGCCAAAGCUGAGGGUGAGUAGGCUAGAACAGGUAAGAGCCAGAACAGUAGUAUUGGUAAAGUACAACUAAGAGGCCGAGCCUCGUAUGCCCUUAAAUAUAUGCAUGAUGCCUGGGCUAAGCCUAUUACGAAAUAGGCUCACCACAACGGUCCUAACUCGGCAUUUC